CGCUCUCUCUCUUACACAGAGGGCAAGGGAGGGAGAGAGAGUGAGCGAGUGAGCGGGAGGGAGGGAGAGAGACAGAGAGGGAAUACAGAGACUGAAGAGAAGAGGUUCUUUGGCUGCUUACCACAACAGCCAGCCUGCCUAGCGUCUUGCCUCGUUUUCCGCUGGUUGCUUUAAUUUAUGAUUGCUGGAGCCAAAAGAGAAAGAAGGGCUGACAAAAAGCCCUCAAUCCUUCACUCAGCCUUGUCCACGGGAACGGAGGAGAGCUUAGGCCUCAAGCCAUUACUGCUGAAGAGGCCGGCACUGAGGACAUAAGGAAGGCAGAGCGAGGGAGACCGGGAAAGCCAGGCUUCCGUUGUCUCACUCUGGAGGCAAAGGUCUCUCGUGUCACCCUCACCUCUCUUUUCAUUUCCAUUUGUCAGCACUGAAGCCACAAAGCCUGAAGGAGAAGGAAACAACAGGGCCUUGCUUCAUACGACAAACGGGAGGGAGAGAGAGGGAGAGAGUACUUCCUCCAACUUUUAUCCUGUUUUACAGAAGAGAAGACACGUGACCAGGCAACGAUAGAGGGCACUCCUCUUUUCAUCAGCGUUUGGUUUUCAUUUAAAUUUUCUUUUUCAUUAGCACAGAAAGAAGAAAUUAUUUCAGUUUAGUUACUAUUGCAACUAGGAUCUGGAGGUCAUCUUUGUUGGCUUUGAUCCUGGUGGCCUGGAAGAUAACACAACAGAGCACAAGCAGCUCCACAGCCCAAAGGAACUCUGGGAAUCCAGCACAUGUGGACUUUUUUUUUUUUUUACCUUGAAUGCCUACAUUCUUAGUUUGUUGUUGGUGGAGGUGGUGAUGACAACAGUGCUCAUCCUGCAUAAACAAGCGUGAUCUUUUGAGGACUGACAUUCCGAUUAAUUUUCGACCUUUCAAGAGUCUGUGUUUUGGGUGCUUAAAUAUCACAAAUAUCUAUCCUUGUUUUGGCCUUACCUCCUUGUGUUUUGAUUUUUUUGUUUGAAAUUAUUUUGGAGCAGCCAAACAAGAGUGGAGUGAUAGAGACAUUGGUCCAGUCAGACACCACUUUCUCGACACAUUAAGAACUGGUUUGACUGGUUUUUGUAGGCAGAUAGUUCUGUUUUCUCUUGCUUGGUCUCAAGACAGCUGAAGUGUUUUUUCUAUCCUGGGUGAGGAGAGAAAACACUGAGCCAUUUCUCCAUAUUGAGAGGGGCUCUGUUCUCCCCCUCUGCAAGCUUGUAGCCAAUGAGACUUGUGUUUUUUUCUUCUUUUUGCCAUUUUCUACGAGAGCGUGAACGUCUGUGUUUAAUUUAUUGUUUCCUGUGAAAAGGGCAGGUUGAGCUCUGUUUCUUGCCUGAACUGUGAACUGGUCUGUGAAUUGGCGAGAGGAGUCAGAGGACUGAAGCAAAAGAAAAACACAAGAGUGAAUGAACAGAGGGAGAGAGAAAGGGGGUAGAAGAAAGGGGUGUGAGAACUGUGGACAAACAAAGCAAGAAGAGUUUGUCGGCUCAGCAGGACAGGAAUUUCCAGGUCACCGCUGGGUGGAAAGGAACUGCAACCUCUCCAAGGCAAAAUAAUCCUGUGAAUAUUUCAAUUUGUACUUUAUUUCUGGCUGACUUCAUUCUUUUUAAAAAAAAUUUAUUUAUCUGAAUCUGAAAAGGCAGAUUUCACCCAGAAACUUUAGCCAGAGAUUUUAUUUUUGAUUCAGUUAGACUUUACACUGGUGCUUUUAAAGUGGAAUAUUUGUUUAGGAGUUAGUAUCCGAGGGUAGCUCCCUUUGAAGUGGGCAGGACUUGUGGGCUCAAUCUUCGGGACAGGCCUGGUGGCAGUGCGAUGGCCAUGGUGAGCGGGGGAUGGGGCGAUCCCGACGGGGACACCAACGGCCUGGGGGAGAAGAGCUACCUCCGGGGCGACGAGGAGGACGGGUCCCCCCAGGCGGGAAGCAGCGACAUCGAGGUGGGCGAGGACGACAAGGCCUGCGUCGUCGACUGCAGCGUAUGCGGCGACAAGUCCAGCGGCAAGCACUACGGCGUCUUCACCUGCGAGGGCUGCAAGAGCUUCUUCAAGAGGAGCAUCCGGCGCAACCUCAGCUAUACCUGCAGGUCGAAUCGAGACUGCCAGAUUGACCAGCACCACCGCAAUCAGUGCCAGUACUGCCGCCUGAAGAAGUGUUUCCGCGUAGGAAUGCGUAAAGAAGCAGUCCAGCGCGGACGCAUCCCGCCAACGCACUCAGGCAUCAGCCCCACGUCCAUGCCAGGGGGCGGGACCGGAGGAGGAGGCGGAGGGGGCGCGGCCGCGGGCGAGUUCUUCAACGGGCAGCCGGUGUCGGAGCUGAUCUGUCAGCUCCUGCGGGCCGAGCCGUACCCCAGCAGCCGCUACGGGCCGCAGUACGGGCACCAGCAGCAGCAGCAGCAGCAGCAGCAGCAGCUGCAGGGCGGGGGCGGCUCCAUCAUGGGCAUCGACAACAUCUGCGAGCUGGCGGCCCGGCUCCUGUUCAGCACCAUCGAGUGGGCGCGGAACAUCCCCUACUUCCCGGACCUGCCCGUGUCGGAGCAGGUGGCCCUCCUGCGGCUCAGCUGGAGCGAGCUCUUCAUCCUCAACGCAGCGCAGUCCGCCCUACCGCUCCACAUGGCGCCUCUGCUGGCGGCGGCCGGCUUUCACGCCUCCCCCAUGUCGGCUGAGCGCGUGGUCUCCUUCAUGGACCAGGUGCGCGUCUUCCAGGACCAGGUGGACAAGCUGACGCGCCUGCAGGUGGACUCCGCCGAGUACAGCUGCCUCAAGGCCAUCGCUCUCUUCUCUCCCGACGCGUGCGGCCUGACGGAUCCUGUGCACGUGGAGAGCCUACAGGAGAAGGCCCAGGUGGCGCUGACGGAGUACGAGAGGCUGCAGUACCCGGGCCAGCCGCAGCGUUUCGGGCGCCUGCUGCUCCGCCUGCCCGCCCUCAGGGCGGUGCCCGCCUCACUCAUCUCCCAGCUGUUCUUCAUGCGCCUGGUGGGUAAGACGCCCAUAGAGACGCUCAUCCGCGACAUGCAGCUCUCCGGCAGCUCCAUCAGCUGGCCCUACGUCCCAGGGCAGUAACGCGACCCCCGACCCCCUCCCCCUCCCCCUCCCCCUCCCCUCGCUGCGCUCAGACUCGCUCAUCCUCUCCCGUUCUGGCAACCGAGGUCCGAAACCGACAGGCUCUGGGCGUCCCCUGGCCUUUUGGUUCAAAGUCAUGUGUCCUGUAACAGAGCGGCUUCUCUUCGCACAAAAGAGCGCUGUUGUGAUGUCAUAACUCUGGAAUGCUGAUGUGUCAGGAGUUACAGGACUCGGCUUCUUUGUGAAACAAAAUGUUUCUGAAAAAAAGUAUUUUUCCAGAGUGGGCUAGUGAGACCACACUGCAGACUGAUUUCAUGACAUAUAAAUAUAUAUAUAUACAAUAUUUGUAGUCCGACAAAAAGGUUUGAAAGCUUUAUGACCUUUAAUUUCAAGCAACUGGUGUGAAUGAUAACGUAUGUCCAAGUACAGUCCAAUUGUAUUUUGGUCAUU